CUUUCUUGUUAAGAUAAAAAAAACGCGGAACACUAGAUGGCGGUACCGUUAUAAUUACAUAAAAUAUGGGCGACAUCGCCUGCUCUGACGCAAGACGAACUUCCUAUCUCCCCAGUCUCUCCAAAAAUGGCGGACGCGUGUGGCCAAAUAUUGCUGGGAUCAGGGCUCACAGUCCUCUCCCACCCUCUGAUGUACAUUAAAGUCCUGAUCCAGGUAGGACAUGAGCCGCUCCCUCCCACCCUGGGCAGGAACCUGUUUGGCAGACAAGUUCACCAGCUGCCUGGACUCUUUGCUUAUGCAAAACACAUCAUCAAGAUCGAUGGGAAAGCGGGUCUCUUCAAGGGGCUUGUUCCCAGGCUCUGUGCCGGCUCCAUCGGCACCAUAGUGCACAGCAGAGUUCUGCAGAAAUGUCAGGAACAAGGCACACCUCAGGUAAUGGGAAGUCAGCAGAAGGCUGUGGAGGGCUCACUACAGCACGUUGUUAACGAGACGACCAAAGAGAUGAUAGCUCGCUCCUGUGCCACCCUCGUCACACAUCCCUUUCAUGUGAUUACUUUGCGAUGUAUGGUCCAAUUCAUUGGGAGAGAAACAAAACACAGCGGGGUGUUUGACUCCAUCGUCACAAUCUACAGAGAAGAGGGCAUCCUGGGCUUCUUUGCUGGUUUGAUUCCUCGUCUGCUCGGUGACGUCCUGUCUCUGUGGAUUUGUAACCUGCUGGCUCACCUCAUCAAUACAUACGCCAUUGAUGACUCGAUGAGUCACACAGGAGAAAUCAAGAACUGCUCUCAGGCUGUGACCGGGUUCUUCGCCAGUAUGCUAACAUACCCUUUUGUGUUGGUGUCGAACCUCAUGGCUGUCAAUAACUGCGGGCUUGCUGGAGGCCUGCCCCCCUAUGCAUCAGUAUAUCCCACCUGGGUGGACUGCUGGAGGCAUCUAAGCAGAGAGGGCAACAUGAGCAGAGGCAACAGUUUAUUUUUCCGGAAGCUUCCGCCAGGCAAGAUGUACGCAAGUGACCAGCAGAGAUUUUUUUAAAGCCUCAAAAGAACUGAGCUGAACAUAGUUGUGAUAAUGAAACAAAAAAAAGUCAACAUUGCCUGACCUGGGGAUGGACAGUCGGCACUUAAUCUUUUUUUUUUUUUUGUAUGCACUUGUUUGAUAUGAGGGUUUUUCUUCUUGAUAACCUGCCAUGUGAAAAUAAAAAACAUUAAUUUCCAGUUAAUUUCUAGGUUUUGUUUUAUUAACAGAAAUUUACAGAUUAAAACUGCAGUGUUGUAAAAUGAGAUGAAGAGUAACAUCUUUAAAAAUCACAUCCAAAAUGUGAUUGGAUUGCUCAAGCUGUCAAACCUGUCUAAAUAUAGUUAUGACCAAUGUGAAAGCCCUCCCCAUUUUUUUUUUUUUUUAAAUUUAGAAUAUUGACAAUGACUUACCUUCAUCCAUGUGAUGGAAUUUGUUGAAAAAAAGCACUUCAGUCUGCAUGUGGUUAUGUCUAAUAAUUCAAGUGGGACCUCUUGUCAUGUAGUAUUGUCUGUUAAUUAACAUGAUGCUCGCUGCUUGGCAGUAAUGCUAGUGGAAAGGAGGGCAAGGACCCGGAGGAUGUUCAGGAGCAUGUCUGGAUGUAUGCAGGCUAACCAGAGCUGACCAAUAUGUCUUGGCACUCUGAGCAAUUGUAUCAGCUCAUUCUGACCCGAAUAAAAACAGCUUUUUUCGACCUU